CAAGUGGCCAAUGAUCUCCAUGCAGGUCCCAGGCUGCACUUGUCCUACAUGUGGAGGAGCACACGCUGGUUAUCUGUAAGCCUGGGAUUGCAAUGUGUUAACAAGUCCCAGCAGCAGCAGCAGCAGCAGCAGCAGCGGCAGGCGUGGCCAGCAGGCUGUAGAGCAGGAGGGGGGAGGCUGCUAUAUAACUAGUGAUUGGGAUCAGAGUGCACAAUCCCACAAAGUGACUAUGAGAGAGGAUUACUGCAAAGUGAUUCAGGGUUUAUCAUCACCACUGGACAGGGAAAGCCAAUGCACGGAUUAGCACAAAUAUGCUGGGGCUCCACAACAGCUGAACGGAUCUUCUACCAGCUACCUGAACUGGAGAGCCUCAUCCUUUCCUUAUGAAGAAGACAAAAACUUGGAUUAUCACAUGUAUUUAUCUUCAACUGUUUUUUGUAUGCUUUGGAAGUCCCUGCACAAAUCCUCUGACUGAUGCUGUGCAUGAUAUUGAAAAACUGGUUGGAAAUCUACCAAACGAUUACAUUAUGCGCCUGAAACGUGUCCCAGCAAAGGAUCAUCUGGCAAAACACUGCUGGUUAUACGUGAUGGUGCAUGAAUUGUCAAGUCGCCUCGAAGCACUUGUAAACAGAUUCUCUAAUACAUCACAAAAUUAUAAAAUCUUAGGAGACCUGUCCCUAAUUUUCCGAGAGAUCAGGAACUGUGUCAAUCUCAAUGAGCAAAUGGACUUUAUCGAGGAAUAUUUAGAUAAUGUCUCAGAUGGGGAAUUUGUACCCAGAGAUUUUUUUAACUCUGUGACGAGCACAUUUGAUGUUUUCAAGGAUAUAAACAAUACAAAUUAUAAUACUACAUGUGAGCUACCUACAAGUGAUCCCGAGUUAGGGGAUUAUGUCACAAAUAUAAAUACGCAAUAUGCAUCAAGCCAUUUACGAAAUGGCACCAGAAUUGGGUACACAGAGCCAAGUGAAAUGGACAGCAGAGUGCCAUUACAAUGGCCAAGCAUAGCAUCAAUAGCAUUGAUGUCUAUAGUCAUUGGAUUUGCCUUUGGGGUUUUAUGUUGGAAGGUAAAGCACAGAAGAGGUCACACAGAAACCGAAGUCCCUGAUACCUCCAAUUAUCAAAGAGAGGCUAAUGAAAACAUGCUACAGCAAACAGCAAGAGAAAUCUCUGUAAUAUAGACACUUUCAGCAAUAUCUGGUGUCAGCACUCUAUUAGCUUUAUAUCUGGAAAAGUUGAACAUACUCUUACUCUUGUGAUGGAACAAACUGUUAUUGGACUCAUUUGAGAUAAAUUCAGUCAUUGCCACCUGUAUCGACACCACUUGCAAGAGUUUGUGCCUCACUGGAUUGUUUACCAUGCACACUUGCCCUGUCUGCUUAAGACAAUAGCUAUGGAGAACCUGUAACAGAAGACAUAUGGAGAACCAGAACUAUGCCAACUAUGAAACGCUUAGGGAUCCGUUCCAUGGUAGAGAUAUCAUCCUGUCAAGAUGAAAAACAGAUUUUAGGAUUACUGGAUAAUUUUGUCUGUUUUUCUUUUUCCGUCUGAGUUGUUUUUACUUUUUCCAUCACAUGAUGGAGCAUACAAUGCAGUUGUUUGAUGAAAUAUGUAACACUCCUUAUGAUCCUGACUCCUGGAAUACUGUCGCAGCGUGUGGAUAUACCCUUCUGACAGUACUAUAUGCAAAAAUGAAGAAACUUUCACAGAAUGAA